GCUCAAAGGAUUUACCUUGGGGUUCAGAGUCUGGAUCUGUGACGGCGUGCCUCAGAAGCGGGCGGUCCCUGGGAUCUGCGCAGGGCUCAAGCUAGCAGCCCUACCGAGACAAUGAUAGAAACUCUGACGUCGUUCCUCGCGUUCCGAUGAGUACCGCCCUCAAAACAACGAACAGAUGCGACUGCUCGCGCGAAGCUCCACGCCGCGCGUCUACUAGGACAACGUGCUGGCCUACCUACAUCAUUGCUAAUUGCACUGCUUCGCAUUGACCUUCUGUUGUCCCUGGUCCUCCACCGUAGUGUACCACAGUUGUCUGCACACCUGACUGGCGGUACACCAUGGCUUCCUCACACGAGCACCGCGAAAAGCAGUUCCUCCCUCCUAGCCCGCCUCCAUCACCGCCAGCUGCGCGACGAAGGCAUAAGAAGCAUCACGAUGACGAGUUUGCAAAGCUUGCAGCAACGCCAUUACCUUCCCCGAGUCUGAGCGCAGGCUUUGAUGAUGAACAGAAACCAGAACCAUUGCUGAAAAGGAUUAUCCUCACACCUGUCCUCUUCACCUCGUUCCUGCUCUCGCUGUUCCUCGUGAACGCCCAAAACCGCGCCCGCCGCACCGCAGCUCACGCUCCGCCGUCCUCAUACCUGAUCUACUUCUUCCCCUCCUCUUGGCUCAACCUUGAGCCCUACCAGGACCAUAACGACUCGACGUGGGGCCGCCGUGGAGCGACUGGGCAUGUUGAGCCCAAUGACGCCAUUGCGCCCAAAGAUGGGCAGCUCGACGGAACAGGAGAGGCGAGAGCCGCAAGAGAAGGGAGGAAGAAGAAGAGCAAAGUGAGUUGGCAUUUAAAUAAAAAGAUUAGGAAGAUUGCGCGGUUGGAGGUCAGUGACGCGUUCGAGAACCAAGGCAGGAUGAUCGUCGUCAUGGUUGCUUUGAUGGUGUUCACGGUCAUUGGAUUCUGGGCAGGUAUAAGGUGGAUUUGGAGGUCUACGUUCGGGUAAGACUGAGCCACAAAGAGGCAUGUGUCACAUGUAUUCAAGGAAGGGCAUAUCACAGGCAUCGUAUAACAAGGAAUGAGGCACGCAGCGACGAAACAGGAUAGACAAAACGGGAAGCAUAGCAGGUAGAGACCAUUUAUGAGAUACUACACCAUUAGUGCUGUUUAU